GUAUCGUAAAAGAGUAAAAGAUAGGCCGCUAAUUUCCCUCGGGCCCCUCCCGGGUCCUGUCCGGGACGCCCUUUUCGCACAGACUCAGUGAUAUAUAAUAGUGCUGCGACGUUCAGUACCUAGCACGAAGCCUCAGCUCCUUGCCCAGGCAGACAGACACCCACAGUCGCUCACAACAUGGCCUCAACCUCAUCCAAGCCGACUAUCGUGUUCGCGCCGGGCGCGUGGCACACCCCGGAUUGCUUCGACAUCGUCCGACAUGCACUGCAGCAGCGUGGCUGGGCCACCGAGUCCGUGAACUACCCAACUGUGGGCGCCGAGCCCCCGACCAAGGGCCUUGCGGACGACGCCGCCGCUGUCCGCAGUGCUGUCGAAGCGCUGGCUGACCAGGGCAAGGAGGUCGUGCUCGUCGUGCACUCAUAUGGCGGCCUCGUCGGCGCAAAUGCUGUAGAGGGUCUGGGUUAUAGGCAGCGCGCGAAGCAGGGAAAGAUGGGCGGCGUCAUUAUGUUUGUAUACCUGGCCGCUUUCGUGACGCCAAAUGGCAAGACGAUCAAGGAGAUGUUGGGUGGCCAGUUCCUCCCCUGGAUGAGAUUUGAAGGCAACUAUGUCUACCCAGACACUCCUGAGGUCGUCUUCUAUCAUGAUGUCGAGCCUGAGUUGCAGAAGCAGGCAAUCGCCAAGCUCAAGCACCAAUCGGCCCCUGUUUUCACGGAUCCUGUCACAUACGAGCCGUGGCACGAGAUAGAUUGCAUGUACUUCUUCUGUGACGGCGACAAGGCCCUGCCGCUACCGGUACAGCAGCAGAUGGCGACGUUGUUAGGCCCUGUUGCAGCCUCAUUCCAUACCAAGGGCUCUCACUCACCGUUCCUAUCUGAGGUCCAGGAAGUUGUCGAGGGAUUGGAGCAUGCCGCAAGGGUCGGCCAAGAGAAGAGCAAGGCAUAGAAGUCAAGAAACCUGGCCUAGGCUUCUAGGUUGAUGGAUUGUCGGCCUAGGUUCAUGGAUUGUCGGCCUAGGUUCAUGGAUUGUCGGUCACGAGAUCCAUCGGGUUGGUCUCGACGCUGGAAACAGUGGGCGUCGGACCAGGUCCUUUUGUGGGAAUCCACCAUCUCGCCGGAACAGACUCCCUUCCUCUGUACCGAACAAUAGAGCGUAGCUAGAGACUUAGACAAGCCGAAAAACAGACAACAAGACCAAGAUCCUCGAACCAUGCAUCCCUCGUCUGCAGCUCCAUAAUUGGUGACCGAUUGGAAAAUGUUGGGAGGUUGGUGGCGCAGCGGCGGU